AUGGGCUUGGGAGGACUGGGGGACGGACCCCUGCCACAUGGCUCCCACCAUCCCUCACUGUGCACCAGGAAGGAGAACUGCGAGCGCUCGGCCGAGCCCCGGAGGUUCGCCUGGGACAUCAAGCAGUGCGUCCGCCUCAGCGUCCACCCCAGCAACAUCUCCGUGUCCCAGUUCAGCGUCACGCUGAUCCUGGAGGCCCAUAACGUCCCAGAGUUGUCUGCAGGGGUCAACUGUACCUUUGAGGACCUGGCUGAGAUGGACGGUCUGGUGGAGGGGAACCGCAUCAGGUGCAGCUCGCCUGCCGAGAAGGAGGUGCCUCGCAUUAUCGUAGACAAAGCUGAUCACCAGAUAGUUCAGCUCUACCUCAAGUCCAAGGAGACAGGCCUGGUCUUCGCCAACACCAGCUUUGUCUUCUACAACUGCAGCGUCCACAAGUCGUGUUUGUCAUGUGUGAGAAGCCCCUACCAGUGCCACUGGUGUAAAUACAGACAUGACUGCACCCACGACCCACGCACCUGCUCCUUCCAGGAGGGACGCGUCAAGAAGCAGAGCGACUGUCCCCAGCUGCUGCCCACUGAGCGCAUCCUGGUGCCGGUCAACGUGGUGAAGCCCAUCACCCUGCGGGCCAAGAACCUUCCCCAGCCACAGUCAGGACAGCGGGGCUAUGAGUGUCUGCUCACCAUCCAGGGCGUGGAGCAGCGGGUGCCCGCGCUCCGCUUCAACAGCAGCUGUGUUCAGUGCCAGAACACCUCGUACUCAUAUGAUGGGAUGGAGAUGAGCAGCCUCCCUGUGGACCUGACGGUCAUCUGGAACGGAGACUUCAGCAUCGACAACCCUGCCGAAAAUAAAGUUCACCUGUACAAGUGUGAUGCCCAGAGGGGUAGCUGUGGCCUGUGUCUGAAGGCAGACCCCCUGUUUGGCUGUGUGUGGUGUAAAGGGGAGAACCGCUGCACCCUCAAGCAGCACUGUCCCCACCCUGAGAGCCAGUGGCUGGAGCGCAAUGGACUCAACAGCAAGUGUACCCACCCACGCAUCACCCAGAUCACUCCGCUGCGGGGCCUCGGGAAGGGCACCCUAGUAACCAUCCGGGGGGAGAACCUGGGCCUGGACUUCAGUGAGAUCCAGGGGAACGUCAGGGUGGCCGAGGUGGACUGUACCCCCGUCCGCGAGGGAUACAUCCCCGCAGAACAGAUAGUGUGUGAGAUGGCGGUGGCAACGCCGAGCCAGUUCGCCAACUACGUGGAGGUGUGUGUGGGGGGUGUGGGGGUCAGAGAGUGUCCCAAAGAGUUCAGGGCCGUAUACUCCAAGUACUACUACUUCGUGGUCACCAGACUGAUCAGCCUGAAGCCCAGCCGAGGGCCCGUCUCCGGGGGAACCAUCGUCAACAUCACCGGUAGCAACCUGGACGCCGGGAGCAACGUGUCCAUCAUGUUCAAGGACCAGAAGUGCACCUAUCACAGGAGGGGCGGCCAGUGGAUCACGUGUCGCUCCCACGCCUCGCUGCAAGGAUAUGGAAACGUCAGUGUGUCAGUGACGGUGGACAAGGCCCGCAUACAGAAAGACUUGAAGUUUGAGUACGUGGAGGACCCCACUAUCAUCAAGCUGGAACCUGAGUGGAGCAUCUUCAGUGGACACACACCUGUGACUGUGACCGGCACCAACCUGGACAUCAUACAGAGCCCCCUCAUCAGAGCCAAGUACAACGGUCGAGAGACGGUCAACAUAUGCCAGGUGUUCAGCCCCACGUCCAUGCUGUGCCAGGCCCCAGAGCUGCCCAUCAGCCUGGGCAGGCAGAGGGAGGUGCCAGCGCGGCCCGAUGAGUUUGGCUUCAUCCUGGAUGACGUGCAGGCAGUGCUGGCCCUCAACAACACGCCGUUCAUCUACUACCCCAACCCCGAGUUCGAACCCCUCCAUGUGUCUGGGGUGCUAGAGCUCAAGCCUGGCUCCCCCAUCAUACUGAAGGGGCGGAACUUCCUCCCUCCCACCAAUACCAACGGUAAUAACGGCAAGCUGAACUACACGGUUCUGAUUGGUGAUAAACCUUGUCUGUUGACCGUGUCAGACAACCAGCUGCUGUGUGAGUCGCCCAACCUGACGGGGCGACACAAAGUCUUGGCCCGUGUGGGCGGCAUCGAGUUCUCCCCGGGCGUGGUCCACAUCACGUCAGACAGUCCGCUGAGCAGCACGGCCAUCAUCAGCAUCGCCGGCGCCGGUGCCCUGCUCAUCCUCUUCAUUGUGAUAGUGCUCAUUGCAUAUAAACGCAAGUCACGCGAGAGCGACCUCACCCUGAAGAGGCUGCAGAUGCAGAUGGACAACCUAGAGUCUCGUGUGGCCCUGGAGUGUAAAGAGGCCUUUGCCGAGCUGCAGACAGACAUCCAUGAGUUGACCAGUGACCUGGACGGAGUGGGCAUCCCCUUCCUGGACUACAGAGCCUACACCAUGAGGGUCCUCUUCCCUGGCAUAGAGGAGCACCCUGUUCUCAGGGACCUGGAGGUGCCGGGCUACAGACAGGAGCAGGUGGAGAAGGGCCUGAAGCUGUUCGGCCAGCUCAUCAACAACAAGGUCUUCCUGCUCUCAUUCAUCCGCACGCUCGAGUCGCAGCGCGGCUUCUCCAUGCGCGACCGCGGCAACGUGGCCUCGCUCAUCAUGACAAUGCUGCAGAGUAAACUGGAGUACGCCACCGAUGUCCUCAAGCACCUGCUCUCUGACCUCAUCGACCGCAACCUGGAGAGCAAGAACCACCCCAAGCUGCUGCUCCGAAGGACGGAGUCUGUGGCAGAGAAAAUGCUGACCAACUGGUUCACCUUCCUGCUAUACAAGUUCCUAAAGGAGUGUGCGGGCGAGCCCCUCUUCUCCCUCUUCUGUGCCAUCAAGCAGCAGAUGGAAAAGGGGCCUAUAGACUCCAUCACUGGCGAGGCGCGCUACUCGCUUAGCGAGGAUAAACUCAUCAGACAGCAAAUCGACUACAAGAUGCUGGUGGUGAACUGCAUCCACCCGGACAAUGAGAAGAGCCCUGAGAUCCAGGUGAAGGUGUUGAACUGUGACUCCAUCAGCCAGGUGAAGGAAAAGAUCCUGGACGCCAUAUACAAGAACGUUCCCCACUCCCACCGACAGAAGGCCUCUGACAUGGACCUAGAGUGGCGCCAGGGCAGAGGUCAGCGUACGAUCCUGAUGGACGAAGACCUCUCUACCAAGAUUGAGAGCGACUGGAAGAGACUCAACAUGCUUGCUCACUACCAGGUGCCUGAUAACUCUGUGAUGGCCCUGGUCCCCAAGCAGGUGACGGCCUACAACUCGGUCAACAACUCAACUGUGUCCAGAACCUCAGCCAGUAAAUACGAGAACAUGAUCAAGUACACGGGGAGCCCCGACAGCCUGCGCUCGCGCACGCCCAUGAUCACGCCCGACCUGGAGAGCGGGGUCAAAGUGUGGCACCUGGUAAAGAACCACGAACACGGAGACCAGAAGGAGGGAGACCGCGGCUCCAAGAUGGUCUCUGAGAUAUACCUGACCAGGCUGCUGGCCACUAAGGGCACUUUACAGAAGUUUGUGGACGACCUGUUUGAGACCAUCUUCAGCACGGCCCACCGAGGCAGCGCCCUGCCCCUGGCCAUCAAGUACAUGUUUGACUUCCUGGAUGAGCAGGCUGACAAGCACAGCAUCCAUGACCCGCAUGUCAGACACACAUGGAAAAGCAACUG